CUUUGGGGAGCUGAAGACCGUCCGCUUGCCAAAGAAGAUGACGGGGACAGGUGCACACCGAGGGUUCGGCUUUGUGGACUUCCUCACUAAGCAGGAUGCCAAGAGGGCUUUCAACGCUCUGUGUCACAGCACUCACCUGUACGGCCGGAGGCUGGUGCUGGAGUGGGCGGACUCUGAGGUGACCGUGCAGGCCUUGCGGCGGAAGACAGCUGAGCACUUUCACGGUAGAGCCCCCGAAGAAAAAGCGCUCUGCAGUGUUGGACGGGAUCCUGGAGCAGCUGGAAGACAGUGAAAACGACCACGAGGAGCAAACCCUUCAGCUGUGAGCUGGCAGCAUGAGGGUAUGUGGCUGUGGAGCCCUGGGGACAGCAGCCACUCUGGCUUCUGUACUUCUACUGUGUGGGCUGGGGAGCGGGGCAGGAGUGGCUGGCGCCCUCUCUGGGUCCAAGGUCAAAGGGGACAAAGACCUGGCCUCGGAAGCUCUGGACGCCUCACCAGUGACACCUUCCAGCAGCUGUCAACACAGAAGGCUCAUGAGGCUGACCAAGACACAUCCACCCGAGGCCUUCCCUUGUAGCAGCACCCCCAGGCCUGGAAGAGCACAGACACACAGGCUCAGACCCAGCCUUGACCUCCAAGAUGGGUGCCUGUUGGCUCCUUCUCCCCUAACCCCUCAGCUGCCAGCAGACCCCUCUGCUGUGGAAGACCGGGGUGCAGACUCGGGGACAGACACACUGCAGGGCACCCAGUGCGUGAGGUUGUAAGGAAAGCUACACACCACCACCAGGAAGAGCCCCAGCCAGGGGCUGAGUGUGAGUAUCCUUGCCUCCCUCAGGGUGCUGACCUACUCCUUACCUGCGUCUGGCCAGGGGACUGUGCACAGCCUGGAAUUCAGCCUCUGUGGCCUAUCCUCCAUGUGCAGCCACAAGCCCGGCUUCAUCAGCAGAGACGUCUUGUGGCUCUUGCAGUUCCAAGCCCCCCCACCAGGCUCAGGUUGAGCUGCAGUAUGUCACCAAAGGCAGCCAGCCACACUCUGUCGGGAGCUGGGGCCCUGUGACAGGUACCAAGGGCCUCAUCCUGGUCAACAGCUCCUCCAGGCUUUAUCCUGACCGGGGACACCUGUGCUACGCCCACGACAGCCCUGGACUCAGGACGGGGGCUGAUGCUGGCACCUGCCAGAGGGAAAAUGACAGAGGAGAACAAGACCACGUCCUUCACUCCUAAUCUUGAGUCCCAACACCACCCCCAGCGUGCCACCUCAUACCCAGGGUGGUCCUUUCAGUCUCGGUUGUCCUGUCUGUAAAAUGGGGUUAAUCAUUGUGUCUGCCUCAGCUACGCAGUGCUGGCGUUAAACUACUGAUGUCAGUCAACUCAGAAGACACUCGGUGGUGCCUCUGUUCGCUUCUGAAUUUAGGGUUGCCAUCUGGGGCUCUCAAGGGACAGCCAGGAAUCUUCAGCUUGGUGCAGAAAACUUGAUCUGUGUGUUUUCGUGGGGAUGAGACUCCAGUCCUCACCUGGUUUUCAGAGUGGCCUGGAUCCCAAGCUGGGCUACACAGCCCACUUCCUGUGGGGCAGGCGCACCUUACCAGUCCUAGCUCACCACUGAGGAUCAGGGAAGGACAAAGGCAAGUAGCUUGUUCAUAACCUCUCUAGUUCCCAGCCCUCGGGCAUGCACUGGUCUGUGGGGUCCAGGCUCUAGAGUCACCAUGGCCUUGGGCAUAACAGAGCCUAUGACCAUCCCUGUUCCAUCCAUGCCCAUCCUGCAGAGGGCACAUGGCUCCCAGCCAAGUGGCCUGAUACAGAAAGCGGCCAUCUCUGUCACUACCAUCACUGAUCAGGGUAACACAGGCGAUUAGAACCUCCAUGGCUGGAUCCACACCCUCUACAGCCUCCAGAGCUCAGGCAAGUGACUUAUCCCCAGCCUCGUUUUCAGGCUCACUGAAACGAGGGUGUGAAUGUCUGUCCCAUGCAGGGCAUUUGGGAGACCAGAUUGCUCCAGGCAUCUGUCCAGGGUCACGAUUUGAAGAUGUGAACCCGGUCCAUCUGACCCCAGAGUCUUGAGAACAGUGGGAGGGGGGAAAGGAAGGGGAGGAUCCAAAUGCUGACAGCCCCAGAGCUGUGUGGAAGUAGGGUGGCUGCCCACCCACCUAGUCCAGAAUUGGCUGGCAGGAGUCAGGAAAUCAGGGGACUGUGUCGCCUUCCUCCCCAAGCCUGGCCCCUGUGUCCUGCCCUGGGGUCCUACUCUCUGGGUGGGGGGGCAGCGGCAGACCCACAAGGAGAUAGGAGGGUAGACAUGUCCUCUCAGGGUGCCAUCACCCCACCUUCGUGUCACACCACAGUAGACAUUCUGUUCAGGAAGCCUCUUGAUCUGGCUGGCUCUAUAGUUCACACCUGUCCAGGCCUCGCCCCAGCACCAAGGCCUGCCUGACCCUCCCUACUACUAACUGCCCCCGCCUGGGAUCUCCCCCGCCAUUUUCCUAUUGGGUUCCACUUUUGUCCCUUUUGAGAUCUAGUCCAGAUUCCACUGCCUCCAUUUGAAUUUGACUUCCCCUGACAGCUGAUCUGUAGGAGCGGUACAUCUACUUGGUGUGUAUAGAUAGUGAGUCACAGAGUAGGGCUGGAGGAGCCUUCUGGGAGGGGCCUUGGUCAUGAUGGCAGAGGCAUAGGACCCCAGCCGUGCGUAUCCACUCACCCAAAGAGGGAUGAGAGAGAGUGCAGAAGUGGGCCACGGAGGUUGACGCUGAGCAAGGCGUGGGGUGUGGACGAGCUGCCGGGUCUCAAUGGUGUAGACAGGUGUGGGUUCAGGAGAUGGGGUCGUCCAUCAGGUGUACAACCCCCAGCGUGUCAGGAGGUAGCCUGGAAGAGAAUUGUGACAAAAGCUGGACCAGAGUGAGUACCCAGGAGAGGAGAUACGGUGCCAGAAACCAAAGGGACAAACACAGAAGGCUUGUAGCCUUGGGGCCAGCCACCCCCCUGGGCUCAAGACUCAGGAGUGGGGCCUGGAUAGCAGAGGAUACAGAGACAGACCGACUCCAGAGCUGGGGCUGGAACCCAACCUGCUCGUUCACAUCCAUCCUCCUGGCACUGACCUCACGCCUGGCCCUGCACCUGCACUUACCAGGUCCACUGCUGUCAGGCCCCUGGUCAGGUUUACCCAGCAUGGACACCAGCAGCGUCUGGGCACUGGUGGAGGAGAAAAGCCAGUUCAUCCCUACCCCGGACUCUGUCCUGGAUGGCGGCCCCACUGAGGGUCCAGCCUGGGCUCUGGUACCUGGCCCACUCUCUUAAGUCCCUCCAGUGCCUGUUGACCUGAGUGUCUAAGCACUUCCGGCUCUUUUGUGGCAGUUGUCUGCCUGGCAUCCCUGCCAUGGAAGUGCCCGACAGAGCAAGGAAGAGAGGAGCCUGGCAAGGCCUGCCUGCUGGGGAUGGCGGAGAGGGAGGAGGCCCAGCCUGGAGGGAAAGUGCUACCCAUACACCCCGGAGGAGGGUCCUGCGUUUCCAACUCCAGGACAGCAGUCAGCCUGGUGGGUGUAGGGGAGAUGGUGGCUGGACAGGACUUUAAGGAAGGG